AUGGAAGAAACUGAACUCUGCUUUCCAAAACUCCUCAACUCCUCCUGUGUUAGGCCAAAACGCCCACAAAUUGAGGCUGUGUUUAUUUACAUUCUCUUGUCUUUCGUUUCUCUACUUACUGUAGUUCUGAACCUACUUGUCAUCAUCUCCAUCGCCCACUUCAAGCAGCUGCACACUCCAGCCAACCUCCUCCUCCUCUCUCUCGCCGUCUCAGAUUUCUUCGUGGGCCUCAUCAUGUCUUGUCAGAUUAACCUCUUAGAUGGCUGCUGGUUUCUUGGUGACCACAUGUGUGCUCUGUAUUGCACUUUAGAUUACAUUGGCAUUUCUACCUCAAUAGGAACCAUGGUGCUCAUAUCGGCUGACCGCUAUGUAGCCAUUUGUGACCCUCUGCGUUAUCCCACCAAAAUUACACUAAAAAGAGUUUCAGUUUGUAUUUGUGUUUGUUGGGGCUGCGCCAUUUUAUAUAACAGUCUUAUAAUGAAGGAUAAUUUCAAGCAGCCGGGCAGGUAUAAUUCCUGUUAUGGUGAAUGUGUAGUUGUUAUUGUCUACUUUGUUGGAAUUGUUGACUGUAUUUUGACCUUUGUUGGCCCCGUGACUGUCAUCAUAGUUCUGUAUCUAAGAGUAUUUGUGGUGGCUGUAUCUCAGGCACGUGCAAUGCGCUCUCGUAUUACUGCUGUCAGAAUCCAGGGGUCAGAGACGGUGCAUGCUAAGAAAUCUGAGAUAAAAGCAGCCAAGACUCUCGGUGUACUUGUCAUUGCUUUUCUUAUAUGUUUUUUCCCAUUUUUCUGCUCCUCAAUGGUAGGCCAGAAUAGCUUCUUUAAUGUUACAUCUGUACCUUUAGAGUUCUUGCUUUUAAAUUUUAACUCUUGUGUGAACCCAUUAAUUUACACUUUUUGCUACCCCUGGUUUCGGAAAUCUGUUAAGCUCAUUGUUACAUUUAAGAUAUUUAGGCAUGGCUCCAGUGAGGCCAGUAUACUGUAG